AUGGGUCUCAAUAAGGGCGCAGCAAAAAGCAAUAGCCUUUUUGUGCAACGGCACAAAAUCCAAAAUUUCAUAUGCUUGGGUCACAAUUCCGUACAGAGCAGCGGGGGUCCAGCAUUGUUCCCUGGAUCUCACGGUAGUUCAGCCGUAUGGAACAGAAUCGUACUUCAAAUGGAAUCGGCUUAUACGCUUAGGCUUAAUGGUUGGGAUUAUGCAGCUAUGACAAUUAAUUUUCUGGUUCUACCUCCAGCAAGACAGCUAGUAUACGAGAAGCUGGUAGUUAGAUAG